AUGGGGCACACUUUGGCUCCUUUGGGCAGCAGUUUGCUGCUGUUUGGGGGCUGGCCCCACACCCGCAGCAGCAGCAGCAGCAGCAGCAGCAGCAGCGGCGGCGGUGGCGGCGGCAGCUGCUUUCGCGGCGGCAGCAGAGGCGCGGAAACGCGAGAGGUGCAGCGGCAAGAAGCUGCAGCAGUGGAGAUUGCAGCAGCAGCAGCAGCAGCAGCAGCAGCAGGCGACGACGAAGCUGAAGACGCGCUGGCGGAGGCGCCCCUGGCCGCCGCAGCAGCAGCAGGCGGCGCAGCAGCAGCAGGCGGCGCAGCAGAAGCAGCAGCAGCAGCAGGAGAGGCGCAGCUGCAGCAAGUGCCCCUCGAAACUGCUGCUGCUCUCAGCAGCCACAGCAGCAAAUGGGGGCCCCUCUUCGUCAGGGGGGCCCCCCUGGGGCCCCGCUAUGGGCACAGCUGCACAGAAACCCCCGAGGGUUUGUUGAUAAUGGGUGGCUGGCAGCAGCCGGCUCCCAAGUUCGAGUUGCUGCUGAUUGCUGCAGCAGCAACCAGCAGCAGCAGCAGCAGCAGCAGCAGCAGCAGCGGCGGCGGCGGCGGCGGCAACGCAGCAGCAGCGGCAAAGGCGCAGCCAGCCCACGCAGCAGAAAAGCUAGCAGCAAAAGGGAACUCUUGA